AUCUUCCAAUAAUACCGAGAACAAAGACACCUCCCAUUACAAUCACAUCAGAGAGCAAUUAUGGUUUUGGGUGUUUGGUAUCAUAGCUCUCUUGGCUAUUCUGUGGAUUAUGUUGUAUUUCCUGAAGAAAUAUUUACAGGGUCCACGCUAUCAAAAGCUUAAUCGUUUGGAUGGGAAAGUGGUCAUUAUAACGGGCUGUAAUCGGGGCAUAGGCAAGGAGGAAAUGGCAAAACGAGGAGCUAGAGUGUAUAUGGCCUGUCGGAAUUAUGAGAAAUGUGAAGAGGCCCGUUUGGAGAUAAUAAAACAAAGCAAAAAUUUACAGGUCUUUAACAGAUCGUUAGAUCUGUCGUCGCUGGUUUCAGUUAAACUAUUUGUGGAGGAAUUUUUGAAGCAAGAACACAGUCUUCAUAUCUUAAUCAAUAAUGCAGCUAUAGUCACCAAAAAAAGGCAACUUUCCAGCGAUGGCUAUGAACUACAAUUGGCCACCAAUCAUUUGGGUCAUUUUCUACUCACUUAUCUGUUACUGGAUACUCUCAGAAGCUCCGGACCCAGCAGAAUUGUAACCAUUUCCUCAAAUGCCCAUAUUUUGGCUCUGCUCAAUAAACAAGAUCUACAAAGUGAAAAAUCGUUUAUCUGGUUCAAGGCCUUCCUGCAAAGUAAAUUCUGUAAUACCCUAUUCACCCUCAAACUAGCAGAGAUUUUACAAGAUUCUCUAGUCACUGCCAAUUGCCUGUAUCCCGGUUUGGUUCUAACCGAUUUGCUAUAUGAAAAUACCUGGUGUUUGUUUCAUCCUUUGCUCAGAUUUUUUGCCAAAAGCAUCAAGUCGGGUGCACAAACAGCCAUAUAUUUAGCUUUGGAUCCUGAGUUGGAAAAUAAAUCUGGGGGCUUUUAUGUGGAUAUGAAACAGUCGUAUAUGCCGCCCUGGGUUAGAAAUCCCCAUUUGGCCCAUUGGCUGUGGCAGGAGAGUUUGAAGAUGGUGAAAUUGGAGACUUUGUAG